GGUCGUGUUACACGAAGAACCUCCUUUUUGGGAAGUCGGUCAAAAAUGUUCUUCAAAAUUGUGAUUUUGGUGUCUUUGAUAAAUUAUGGUGUGUCGGUUCUGAAUGAGGAGUUCGAAGAUGCGGCUGCGAGUUCGGGCAAUGCCCCAUUCUUCGAGUUGCCCUGUAUGGUGGUGGGUGGUACUUGCGCCAGAUCGGUGGCUUGCCCAAAAGGCACGAAGGUCAGUGCUAAAGGAUUGUGCCCCGUACAACAAGAACAUGGGAUGGAGUGCUGCAGACCAACCCUAGUUGAAUUGAGGUGUUCGUCAAAAGGUGGCGAGUGCGUUUCGAGCUUUUUCAAAUGUCCUAUAUCUCUGAGAAUAAGCGAAGCUACAGAUUGCGCUAAGGAUCAGACAUGUUGUGUUUAUGUCAAAUAAUUUAUUUAUUUUGUAUAGUUUUAAUUAGAUAAGUAAAAAUGUUUGACUGUUGUUAAAAUGUUGAUAAACCUAUAGUUAAGGAAGGAUGAAACGCAUUGUUGAAAUAAAAAUUGUCUGUGAAA